AUGUCGCAAUUGGAUGACCUACAGAAUCGAGAUCUGGCCGAAGAAAUCGAAGCCAUAAACGCCAUAUAUGAACCCGACACCAUCACAUUAGACGGCUCGUCAGCCACAUCAUCAUCCAGCGACAAUGCGCAAACCACGAUAACGCUCCAGCUGCCCGGUCAACCUCAUCUCUCCUUUAUAAUUUCAUUCGGCACUGAAUACCCCGGGACUCGGCCUAAUAUUCUUGGUACGGCAUCUACGGCCGCACGUGGAGAAGGGAAAAUCGCUGUAGAUGUGCUGGAGGACAUUGUGCAACGAACAUGGCAGCCGGGCGCUGUAUGCUUGUUCGACGUGAUUAGUGAAGCGGUGGAGGUAUUUCCUGAAUUGAAUAUCGGUGGAGUCAAGGAUGCUGGUGCCGGAGAAUUACCAUCUGCACAAAAUGGACAGUUAGCAAACCAGACGGUAACACCGGAUAAAUCUACAUCGGCCACUUCGCACGUCGUGGAGAGUUUUGCGGCCCUUUCAAUAAAAGAUGCAUUUGGACUCGAUGCGCCUCCGGACUGGAUUCUCUCCGAUGUGGUAACUGAGAAGAAAUCUGUGUUUCUGGCCAGAGCAGUGCAAGUGUCCGAUCUCACUGAGGCACAGUCUUAUUUGGACUACCUCACUGCUACUGAUAAGAAAGCUGCGGUCGCGUCCCACAAUAUUAGUGCGUGGCGCAUUAAACAAAAGAAGGAUGGGGCUUCGGCGAGUUCAAAUGGAGCUGAGACACAGAUUCAAGACUACGACGACGACGGCGAAACGGCUGCUGGUGCUCGCUUGCUACACGUCAUGCAGUUGAUGGAUGUGUGGAAUGUUCUGGUCGUGGUAUCUCGCUGGUAUGGUGGGAUUCACCUUGGACCGGCACGAUUUCGACUAAUCAACGAUGUUGGCCGCGACGCGUUGGUCAAGGGUGGAUUUGUGCGCAGCGAAAGCUCUGCUAAUGCUGAAAAAGGCAAGAAGAAAGGAAAGAAAUGA